AUGAGAUUUGCGCCGGACACCCUGGUGCCAACUCCCCAGCUCGAUGGGCCAGUCCAACCGAGUGCUGAGUGGAACGAGAAGAAAAUCGACGGAAUUGUUGGGCCAGACACCGGCGACCUCACAAUCCAUCUUGACAUGGACCUACAAGAGGACGUUGAGGAACUGCUCGACGAAAUGCUACGCUUUGUCCGAAUCGGCCACUACGACGCUGCGAGGGAAUAUUUCGAACGCAACUUAAAGGACCAUCUGGGCAAACCAUAUGUGCUGGUUCAGUAUGCUGAUAUGCUGCUUCAACAAGGCGAGUUCGAAGCAGUGGCUCGUCUCGAGGAUGAAUCGAUCGGUAAAGUGGAAAGGGAGCUUCCCGGCAACGAAGGUCUACGACUUCUUCGACUAUAUUGGGAGCUGAUGAGGAUAUUUGCGAAGAGCCGUACGCUGGAGAAUGUUGGUGAUGCCCCGUUCGUGUUUGAGAAAGCCAUUGAUGUCUUCAGACAUGUGGCUAAUUCCCCAGAUACACCUGUCGGCUCCGUUGAGAUAAAAAUCCUUGGACUUGUCAUUCACCUCACGAGCCAUCCUCAUCUGAACGGCAGAUGGCGAAAAUACAGGACAGACCUGGUGGAAGUAUUCCCUUCGGCAUAUUAUAAGCGUCUCUACGCCGGCCUUCUUAGAGAAGGACGAAUAUGGGAUCUGCGCGAUCUUGUCACUCUUAUGCCUUCGUUUGAAAGCACCAGAACACUCUUCAAGGAUCUCUUUGACACCAAGAUUGACCAAGGCCUACGCACACUGAUCACGGAUUGGUCGGGAUCGGGGCAUGAGUAUGAUUCUUUGACUACGCUUGCCCUACUCGAUAUGAUGAUGUACGUCGCACUAGAACCAAUCGGUGUUCCCGCAAGGCUAUGUGAAGGGAUAUGGCAGCUUUCCUUGCCUUUGGCUCAAACAAUUGCACAGAAAGACCCUGCAAGCAUGAAAUCACGACCCUAUAUGCGGCUGCUCCUCGCAAGGUCAAGAUUUGUUGAAACAAAGAGUCGACAGGACAUGGCCACACUGCUGGACAGCCUCAAGGAAUCACCAGGAGUUGCCUACCACGGCGACAGCCGGCAGUUGCCUAUGUACGUGCCAUCCGGGGCCGAGAAUCCUGGUUGGAACAUCAUAGAUGCAGCAGAUGCAUACAAAGAUCCAAUCAAAGUCAUACAGAAAAGCGCAAAGACCUUGGGAGACCACACCACCGAAACAAUGGCUCUCUUGGAACUCAUGAGACUCUCUGCGAAUCCAGUGGCCGAUUUCGAAAGGCUGUGCGAUAUACAGAUGUCUACCCAAGGCGACAGAGCUGGUUAUGCACAGAGCCUUGCAUCAGGAUACCUAUUGUCGAAGUCUCCGGAAACUAGGGAGGAGCUCAGAAUUCAAAUCUCCCGCCUACUGUCAAAAAUCGAGGCUUCUGACUAUUGGAACUGUAACGAGGAGUGGGUGCUCAACAUGCUCUCAUAUAGGUUAGAAGACCGCCCAGCAUGGUCCAUUCGCCAGGCGCAAAGGACUAAUGCAGGCUACCUACACAUGAACCGAGCUCUUCUAAAAGAAAUCUCCUGGAAGCUGCCUCUGCUCAGCGAAUGGGUCCAGCGCCAACACAGGCUUGCACGAACUGAACACCUAGAAGAUCACAACCGUCGGUCAGCCAUUCGCGGAGGCAAAAAGACCAAGGUGCAGGAACGAACCACGAAAACCACCCAGAAUCAAGAGGAUCAUCCAGUUGACACCGGAGACGGAGGGCAUGAAACAGAAUAUGUGACGGAUGAACGUGAUGGGAAGCAAAAUGCAACGGCCGAGGCAGCACCAACUGAUCCAGUGUACCAGGGGACGUCACAGGUGCAAUGGUAUCCCCAAGCCCAAUGGUAUCCCCAAGCCCAAUGGUAUCCCCAAGCCCCUCCCAACUGGUUCUAUGGCCAGGAGGACCCCGUAAAGGUCGAGCUGAGGAGGCUAUUGGCAGAAGCCGAAGCCGAAGCCCAACGGAAACGGUGGGAAGACGGCUUCCGGAAAGACAUGGAAGAGGUUCUUAGCCAACGUUUACAUCAGAUGGAGCACGAUCGAGCAAAACAUCACGAGGAAAGGCUCAUCGAAGAGGCGAGAAAAAAAGCCGAAUUGGAAUCUCUCAGAAAAGAUAUUAACUGGAUUGACAAGAAACAGGAAAUAGCACGGGCGGAGGUCGAAGCACAAGAGGCACGAUACGAACAGGAGAAGCUUAGGGCGGAGAGAAGAGACGACGAAAGACGACGCAAGAGAGAGGCGGAGGUCCAAGCACAAGAGAUACGAUACGAGCGGGAAAGGCUCGAGGCGGAGAGAAGUGACGAUGAAAGGCGACGCAAGAGAGAGGCAGAGGCCGCUGAACAGGCGGAGAGUAACGUCAUGACCAGAAUCGAAGCGGUCCUCAGAGCGGAGAGUAACGUCAUGACCAGAAUCGAAGCGGUCCUCAGAGCGGAGCAAGGAUCCCAUGCCGCGACACAGCGCGAGGAGCAAGAGAAAGCAGAGCGGAAGAAGGAAUGGGAACGAGAGGCAAGACUGAAAGCCGAGGAAGCAGUCCGCGAGAAAUACGACACUGACCCAAGAAGUAAUCGAGAUAACAAAGCGUCCCAACCAGACGGCCAGGGUGACUCAAGAGAGGAGAUCUUGAUAUGGGCCACGGAGGAAGCCCAACGUCAAGUCGAGGAAGAAUCUCGAAUCCAGUUCACAGAUGCUCUCGGGCGGAAGUUUUCGUUCCCUUAUCUCGAAUGUUCAACAUGGACGAUCACCAAUUUCCGACCGCCAAAGCUCGGCGCCGAUGCCUUCAAUUUCGAAACCGGUACACUCAAGUGA